AGCUGAAUGUCGGCCAAUCAUCAAUGGACGGGUGAUUUGAUAACUUUUCUCGAGUGGUGUUUGCGUGUCAUGUAUUUGAAUAAAAAACAUGGUUCAAGCCGGUUCGAAGAAAGCACCUCCCUCAAAAAUAAAUAGUAAAGCAGGAAUAAGCAGUUUAAUAAUAUUUGUCGUCCUCCUCCUAGCAUGGAUCGCCGGUUUCUCUUCACGGCUUUUUGCCGUAAUAAGAUUCGAAAGUAUUAUCCAUGAAUUCGACCCUUGGUUCAAUUACAGGGCAACUGCUUACAUGGUAAAACAUGGAUUUUACAAUUUCUUGAACUGGUUUGAUGAGAGGGCAUGGUACCCUCUGGGACGUAUCGUGGGGGGAACGGUGUACCCCGGCUUGAUGUUGACAUCAGGCAGUAUACAUUAUUUGUUACAUUUACUUCACAUCAACGUUCACAUUCGUGACGUUUGCGUUUUUUUAGCGCCCAUAUUCAGUGGCCUUACUUCAAUAUCCACCUAUUUUCUAACUAAAGAACUAUGGUCUCCAGGUGCUGGUUUAUUUGCUGCCUGUUUCAUUGCCAUUGUGCCUGGUUAUAUAAGUAGAUCAGUGGCUGGAAGUUAUGAUAAUGAAGGCAUUGCCAUUUUUGCAUUGCAGUUCACCUAUUUCCUCUGGAUCAAAGCUGUCAAGACUGGGUCCGUGUUCUGGGCAGUUGCUGCCUCAUUAUCAUACUUCUAUAUGGUUUCGGCAUGGGGGGGAUACGUUUUCAUCAUAAACUUGAUCCCGCUGCACGUGUUCGUCUUGUUGUUGAUGGGCAGGUUCUCCAACAGGGUGUUCACCAGCUACACCACCUUCUACAUCUUGGGGUUGAUUUUCUCCAUGCAGAUUCCGUUCGUAGGGUUCCAGCCGAUCAGGACGAGCGAACAUAUGGCAGCCGGAGGUGUUUUCGCUCUUAUGUUCGCCGUGGCCUUCUUGAAAUACCUUCAAUCGAUGAUGUCCAAAUCGGAAUUCAAAACUUUGGUGGUGUUCGGAGGAAUAGCGUCCGCGGCAGUCGUAUUCUUGUCGGUGGUUCUUCUCACCUACGCUGGAUACGUGGCACCAUGGAGUGGCAGAUUCUACUCUCUUUGGGACACAGGCUACGCCAAAAUUCACAUUCCUAUCAUCGCGUCUGUAUCUGAACAUCAACCUACCACGUGGUUCUCCUUCUUUUUCGAUCUACACAUCUUGGUCGCCACUUUCCCUGCUGGACUGUGGUAUACCAUCAAGAACAUAAACGAUGAAAGGGUGUUUGUGGUGUUGUACGCCUUGAGCGCUGUCUAUUUUGCCGGCGUCAUGGUGCGAUUGAUGCUCACCCUCACGCCCGUCGUCUGUAUACUGAGUGGCAUCGCGUUCUCCGGCCUGCUCGAGUUGUUCCUGCGCGAAGACGACAGCGCUAGGAUGGAAGAGAGCGAAGAAGAGGAGCAGAGCACGCCGAGCAAGCGGAUGUACGACAAGGCCGGCCGAGUGCCGAAGAUGAAACACGAGCAAUCCAAGGACACUUCGGACGGCAUCGGUCCCAACCUGCGCAGCAUCGUCACCGUCGUCGUCCUCCUCCUUCUCAUGCUGUUCGCCGUCCAUUGCACGUGGGUGACCAGCAACGCCUACUCGAGCCCGAGCAUCGUGCUCGCUUCCUACGGCAACGACGGCACCCGACAGAUCCUCGACGAUUUCCGCGAGGCGUACUUCUGGCUGUCGCAGAACACGGCGGACGAGGCGCGAGUGAUGAGCUGGUGGGACUACGGUUACCAGAUAGCCGGCAUGGCCAACCGCACCACCCUGGUGGACAACAAUACGUGGAACAACAGCCACAUCGCUCUCGUAGGCAAGGCGAUGUCGUCGAACGAGAGCGCCGCCUACGACAUCAUGACGGCCUUGGACGUCGACUACGUGCUGGUCAUCUUCGGCGGCGUCAUCGGCUACUCGGGCGACGACAUCAACAAGUUCUUGUGGAUGGUCAGGAUAGCGGAGGGGGAGCAUCCGAAGGAUAUUAGGGAGAGCGACUACUUCACCGAACAAGGCGAAUUCCGCAUCGACGCCGAGGGCUCCCCCACCCUCCUCGACUGUCUCAUGUACAAGCUGAGCUACUACCGCUUCGGCGAACUCAAACUGGACUACAGAACGCCGGCUGGGUUCGACCGUACGCGCAACGCCGUCAUCGGUCACAAGGACUUUCAGCUGACGUACCUCGAGGAGGCCUACACCACCGAGCAUUGGUUGGUGAGGGUGUACAGGGUGAAGAAACCGGAUGAAUUCAACAGACCGAGAAUUCCAGUGGCCAACAGGGUCGUGAAAUCUACGAACUACGUUUCCAAAAAGAAUACGAAACGUAAGAAGGGUUUGAUCAAGAAUAAGCCAGUCAUAGUGAAAGGAAAGAGGCUGUCUUCAAGGCAGUGAAGAUUUUCGAAGAAGCUUAAAUAUUUUUGUUGUUACAGAUUGCAUUAUCAUUACAAAUCAUUCGACCCAUGAUGAACUGAAUAAUACAAUGAAGUUGAGAAAGUUUGCUUUUGUUUUCAAGUUCCGAAAUUAAAAUUUGGAUGUCCGUUCACUGUGUGGAAGUUAUAUAUAUUUUUUGCACU